CGACAGUCAUGGGACGCUACUUGAAUGCCGGACCUUUGGAACGAUGCUCGUAUCCUCGAGUAGCGCGAUUCUACGUGUAUUCCAUAUCCAAACAACGGCCGUUGGCGAAAUCAAACUGCCGAGUGCAUACGCUCUGGGCCAAUCGGAAGCCAUACUUAUCUGAUCUUACGCGGCACGAUAAGUGGACUUGGUCUCUACUCGCAGCUCUACCACUCUGCUGGUUUACAAGAAAUAUUGAGCUAUUAUCGCACGCUCUUGCUCAUGCAAACCUGACGCUCAGGGGGUCACUUCGUUCACAACCUAGCCACAAGAAGGCUGCAGCCGCUCCUCAUUGAGUCUUGAGACGUCUUUACACCCAAUUGACCAACGCACGAUCAGCC